AACCGAAAGCUUGAGAGCAUCUCGACCCUGGUGGAGAACGGGGCAGAUCUAAACGUCAGGAACGAGGAGGGAGACACGCCGAUCCAGCUCGCGGUCCGCCUCGGCCUCUUCGAAGAGUUCCAGCUCAUCGCGGACAAGAUGACUCUUGACACGUUCCCGCUGGACGGCAAGGGUAACUCGCUGCUGCACAUCGCCUCCAAGAGCUGCAGCAGCAUGCAGAUCGUCAAGUACCUCAUCCGUCACUUCAAGAUGGACCCUGCAUGGAGGAACUUCGAAGGAGCGUCGAGCGUAGAUCUUGCCAUACAGUCACUGGAGGAAGCAAAGCUCGGGGCCUCUCCUCCCCAGCGAGUCUCGGAGCUCCAGGCCUUGGUGGAGCAUCUUGAGAAGGAGCACGAGGCGUUGGCGGGGGAUCUCGUGACGGUGACGCUGCCUGGGCAAGCGGAGGAGGGGCAGGUGCGGGUCUACUCCAAGAAGAUGGUGAAGUUCUUCGAGCGGAUUGGGUUGACGAGCAUGGCGAUCUCAUACGCGCAGAAGCUGGCGGAGAACGACGUGGACAUGGAGGGGCUGGGGCUGGUGACGGACGUGCAGCUCAAGGAGCUGGGAAUCAACAAGAUCGGAGUGAGAAACAAGAUCCUGCAAGGCAUCCGCGACUGGAAGAAGUACCCCGACUAGCUGUGUGCCAUGGCACUGCCCCGUCUCCUCUCUCCCCCUAUAGUUUACUAAUAAACCAUCAAGUGUC